AUGACGACCUCUGCGCUCCGCCGACAAGUGAAGAACAUCGUGCACAAUUACUCCGAGGCGGAGAUCAAAGUGCGCGAGGCUACUAGCAAUGACCCCUGGGGUCCACCCAGCUCCCUUAUGUCGGAGAUCGCCGACCUGACCUUCAACACGGUGGCCUUCGCCGAGGUCAUGGGCAUGCUGUGGCGUCGGCUCAACGACAGUGGCAAGAACUGGCGGCACGUGUACAAGGCGCUGACGCUGCUGGACUAUCUGCUCAAGACCGGCUCGGAGCGCGUGGCGCACCAGUGCCGCGAGAACCUCUACACCAUCCAGACGCUCAAGGACUUCCAGUACAUCGACCGCGAUGGCAAGGACCAGGGCGUCAAUGUGCGCGAGAAGGUCAAGCAGGUGAUGGCCCUGCUCAAGGACGAGGAGCGCCUGCGGCAGGAGCGAACUCAUGCCCUUAAGACCAAGGAGCGCAUGGCCCUGGAGGGCGCAGGCAUCGGCAGCGGGCAGCUGGGCUUCAGCCGCCGCGGUGAGCGGGGUUCUCCAUCCUCCUACACCUCUGCCUCUUCAUCCCCCCGCUAUGCCUCGGACCUGGAGCAAGCGCGGCCCCAGACGUCAGGAGAAGAGGAGCUGCAGCUGCAGCUAGCACUGGCCAUGAGCCGAGAGGAGGCUGAGAAGCCAGUACCCCCAGCCUCCCACAGGGACGAGGACCUACAGCUGCAGCUGGCUCUGCGCCUGAGCCAGCAAGAGCACCAGAAGGAGGUGAGGUCCUGGCGGGGAGAUGACUCCCCCGUGGCCAAUGGUGUAGGGGCUGUGGUUCACCAUCGCCAUCGGGGGGACACAGAACCAGGAAGAGAAGAGAAAAAGGAGGAAGAGAAGCUGAAAACCAGUCAGUCCUCCAUCCUGGACUUGGCUGACAUCUUUGCACCUGCCACAGCCCCACCCUCCACACACUGCUCUGCUGACCCAUGGGACAUCCCAGGUCUCAGGCCGAACACAGAACCCAGUGGCUCUUCCUGGGGACCUUCUGCAGACCCCUGGUCUCCAGUCCCCUCAGGAAAUCCUCUGUCCCGAAGCCAGCCUUGGGACUUGCUUCCUACCCUCUCCUCCUCUGAGCCCUGGGGCAGGACCCCAGUGCUGCCUGCCGGACUCCCCACCACAGACCCCUGGGCACCAAAGUCUCCCCACCACAAACUCCCCAGCACUGGAGCUGAUCCUUGGGGGGCCUCCAUGGAGUCUUCUGACAUACCUGUUCUAGGUGGUACCUCGAACUUCGACCUAUUUGCCAAACCUCCAGAAUCCACAAAAACCAAGGAGGGUCUGGAGGGGCAGGCCUUGCCCUCAGGGAAGCCCAGCAGUCCUGUGGAGUUGGACCUGUUUGGAGACCCUAGUCCCACUUCCAAGCAAAAUAGCACCAAGGAGCCAGAUGCCUUUGACUUGGAUGUACUAGGAGAAGCAUUAACCCAGCCUGGACAGGAGACCCGCACCUGCCGUACCCCAGAGUCCUUCCUGGGCCCCUCGGCCUCUUCCUUGGUCAACCUUGACUCAUUGGUCAAGGUGCCACAGGCUGCGAAGACCCGGAAUCCCUUCCUGACAGGACUCAGCGCUCCGUCCCCCACUAACCCGUUCGGUGAGCAGGGCAGGCCGACCCUGAACCAGAUGCGCACCGGGUCACCUGCACUGGGCCUGCCGGUCGGCGGGCCUACCGGGGCGCCCCUGGGCUCCAUGACCUACAGUGCCUCCCUGCCCCUCCCGCUCAGCAGCGUGCCGGUCGGCAUGACCCUUCCCGCCUCCGUCAGCGUCUUCCCACAGGCUGGAGCCUUCGCCCCACCGCCUGCCAGCCUGCCGCAGCCGCUGCUGCCCACCUCCGCCUCGGCUGGGCCGCUGCACCCGGGCCCGCAGACUGGCACCAACCCCUUCCUCUGA